AUGAGUGCUGCUGCUGCUGCUGCUGCUGCUGCUGCUGCUGCUGCUACUGAGUGGUGCUGGUUAACUUAUAUGUACUACAAAACUGGUAAACUGGAUCCUUGGAUAACAGUGAUACCUGAUCUUAGAAACCAGGAAUACAGACAUAAAGCUCAAUUCCAUAUCCAUGCCAACAGGUUUGGAAAUAAAUUUCAUUUUGUGUUUCCAGCACCUAGUCAACCACCUGCGAACAUUGUCUGGAAUGCCACAGAGUCCAAGGUAUUAAUUAAUUGGGAACAAGUCAAAGCAAUGGACAAUGAAUCUGAAGUAACUGGAUAUAAGGUAUUUUACAGGACAAGCAGCCAAAAUAAUAUGAACAUACUGAACACCAACAAAACAUGGGCUGAACUUUUGCUGCCUAUUAAUGAGGACUAUAUCAUUGAGGUAAAAGCAUCAACGGAUGGUGGUGAUGGAACCAGUAGUGAGCAGAUCCGAAUCCCAAGGAUAACAAAUAUGGAUGCAAGAGGGUCUAGUUCAACAGUCAGGAAUGUCUACCCCUUCUUGUCAAGCUGCAUAAGCAUAUUACCCAUAUUUCUUGUGAAGAUUCUUUGGUGAUACUGAUUUUCAUUCUCUAGGAAAUUGAUUGGUUAACCCUUCUUCCCCUUUAAAAAAAAAAGUGCUUUCUUGAUAUACAGUGAUUAUGCAUGGUUUUCUCCAACUCUCUGUUUUUAAGUAUUUUCUAUUUCACUGUAGGUUAAAAAUAUAAUUUUUUUUAAAUCAGUAAAUCCUUUUAGAGGAAUCUGAAAUGCCUUAAUACUUACUUGAUGAACCAAAGGAAUUUACAUAUUGCAUCCUUCAGAUUUUUUCAGCAAACAAGAUUACGUGAAGAAUCCAAGCUUUGCCUAAGAACAGAGGCUUAUAAAAACUCAAAUCUUCUUGAACUUAAAUGAAGCUCUAUUUUUCCAAUAAUCAUAUUGUGAUUUGAUAAUUUCUUCAGGUGCUAUGCUGAUUUAGAACUGUAAUCCACAAAGAGAAUGCUAUUUUAUGUAUUUCCUAGAAUAGCCAGAGAUUAAUUUAAUCUAUCAUGAAUAAUGUAUUUGCAAAUUAUAAACUAUAAAGCUCCCAUGCUUUGAGCUUCAUUAUAUUUUGGUCAGUUUGAGAUCACGUCUAAGGGGAUCCCCUACUCAUGCUGGCGAUCUCGAAAUAUCUGUGUCGGCUUAUUCUGGGUGACUCAUGUCCAUGGAGAAGUGGGUAAAACAUAUUAUGCAAUGUGUUAUUUAUUCACUUGGUGAUUUUAUAAAGUGGAAAUUUCUAUAAUAUACAAUCUCUCCUCAAGAGGAAUUUUUCAUUCCUUUCCCAUGAACAGCGUUUCAAAACAAAAGAUCUAGAGAAUGGAGAACAUCUUAUUUCUAAUCUAAAAUAUUAAACACAAGUCAGUUCCACAUUAACAUCUGUAUUUACUGAAACUCAUCAUUCUAUCAGAGCACAUUUUGCAAUUGCUAUGCUUUUCACCUAAUGUUUUAAUGAGAUUGUAGCAAUGCUAGAGAUUUAAUAGGGGUAACUGACAAGAUCUUUCAGCAUUCGUUUUUUUAAAAAAAAAAGUUCUACUCAUUUUCCUAGCAAUAUGUAAAGAAUAUGUAAAAAUGAGCACAUUUAGUUAUGACCAUUUCAAAAACAAACUUUUCCAUCAAUAUUUCAUUUCAUAAGAGCUUUUUCUUAUUUUUACUUUCAGAGAUAUCAGAAUUUGAAAAUAUGAGAAAGUUUUCAAGGAUUAGUGAAAUUCUGAUAUCACUGUGAAACAUUUCUGUAUGCAUUUAGAGAUUAAAUUUAAGAGAAAGUUAUUAUAGAAAACAAAAAAAAAAGAUUCACAACUUUCUUGCAAGGUUUGUAUAUACUGUAUAUACCUAGAAAAAUAUAAAUGACUAGUAGCUUUUCCAUAUGGUCAUAGUUGUUUCCUACAGGUCACAAAUUGGGAAAAUAACAUUUCCCAAUUAAUCUGUAUUUCCUGCCACAUGUAAGAAGGUUGUAACUUUUAAAAAACUUAUUUUAGUAAUUACUUCAAAACAUUCAUGUAUUUCCAUUCCUAAGAUGGCUAUCCUAUUGUUUCAUUUGACUUCUAGCUAUAUAUCUCUGUGAGAUAUGUACCAAGUAUCUUGUUUCACAUUGAAAAGUAUGGAUUUUCUCCUUAAACUGCUGUGUGUGUAUCCUAUGGUUAUCUGUAUUUAUUAUUUUCUAUUAUUCUAAUAAAAUUUAUAACAUUGGAAAAUGCUGAGAUUUUUAAAAGUAUGUUAAAGUACAGACCCUAAUAAUGAAAAGCAGAAUCUGUGAAAAGGUCAAAAGUGGAAUUAGUAUAUGUCCUAAUGACUUUGCCUGCUUAUAGUUAUCAUUCUUUGUAUUUUCCUGAAAUUUUGAUUUUUUUCUUUCUUUUAAAAAAUAUUUUAAUACACUUUAAACCAUGUUUCAAUACUUGCUUGAUCGACCUUCCUAAUAAACAUAUAAGUUUUUUAGUCA